UUUUGAACUUAGUUGUCAUCGGCCAUUCUGGUAUACAUGGAAUUGUGACCCUUAAACUUCGGAUAUUUCUAACAGUUGUACUAAUGUGCUGUCGUUAAGGCAACGAUAAUCCUUGUGUUUUAUCGCGGCAGCGAAUUGAUGCGCAAAACGGCCAGCUGCGGAUGUCUUCUGUUUCCCCAAACGUGCUCGAGGCGCUAAAGUUUUGUAUGAGUUGAAGGCUUCGCGUGUGGAGAGCGGGGAAGGCCCGACGACGCCUCGGCUUCGGAGUGCUUAUCAUGGCCGGCAAUUUUGACGCGGAGGACCGCAGCAGUUGGUACUGGGGUCGCUUGAGCAGGCAGGAGGCUGUGUCGCUGUUGCAGGGGCAGAGGCACGGUGUGUUCCUGGUGCGGGACUCCAUCACCAGCCCCGGCGACUACGUGCUCUCGGUGUCGGAGAACUCCAAGGUCUCGCAUUAUAUCAUCAACAGCAUCAGCAAUAACCGACAAUCCGGUCCAGCAAGUUUGUCGCAUCCAAGGUUUCGUAUUGGUGACCAGGAGUUUGAUGCGCUCCCUGCUUUGCUAGAGUUCUACAAAAUCCACUAUCUGGACACCACCACCCUAAUAGAACCCAUCAACAAGUCCAAACACACAUCCUUGAUCAGUAUUGGCCCUGGUGGUGCCCCUCCACCCCGCUUGGAGGAUGAGUACGUCAGAGCACUUUUUGAUUUCCCUGGCAAAGACGAUGAAGAUCUUCCAUUUCGGAAGGGUGAUAUCCUCCGUGUUCUUGAGAAACCCGAAGAGCAGUGGUGGAACGCUCAGAACUCUGAAGGCCGAGCGGGGAUGAUCCCUGUGCCGUUCGUGGAGAAGUACCGUCCAACGUCUCAGAGUUUGGCAGUUGCUUCCGUUGUACCUGCUGCAGGACCCCCAGGAGGAAUGGGGAUGUUGGGGAACUCUGACGGCUCCACGGCCCAGCCCGGUGCACCACUAAUGGGAGAUCCCAGCCAGUAUGCCCAACCAACCCCCCUCCCAAAUCUCCAGAAUGGACCUGUCUUUGCCAGGGCCAUACAGAAGAGGGUGCCCAAUGCCUAUGACAAGACCGCCCUGGCUUUGGAGGUGGGCGACAUGGUGAAAGUGACUAAAAUAAACGUCAACGGCCAGUGGGAGGGUGAAUGUAAAGGCAAACGUGGUCACUUUCCCUUCACACACGUCAAACUGCUGGACCAGCACAACGCCGAGGAUGAACUCAGCUGAGAAAUGGACUGGCGGGUGCAAACUGGACACUAGUGUUAGACCCUGCCUCACACACCCUUGCGCAUCAUGGUCACCACCUCACGUCCACUCUUCCUGCACAAAGUAAAGUUUCUCACAAUCACUCUGAAAAAUAACCACCAGACCCCUCUGCAUAUUCCUGACAGCUCCUCACCACCACUUAAUGCUCUGACUGACUCAAUGCAAAAUGAUUGCGAUUGGCUGGUGACCAGUUCAGGCCUUCCAUGGAUUUUGUAACAUUUUAUCCUUACCGUAGUGACACAUGGUAAUUUAUCGCCUCUCACUCCUCAGGACACUCCUCACUACACAACUCUGCCAUUUCCUCAUCCUGUGUUUGAGCAUGUAGAUAAAACCUUAGCACUGUGUCAUUUUUCACCCGCAUCCUAAUGGCUGUAUUUAAGCCUGGUGGAAAUAACAAGUUCAGAGGUGAAGACAAAUACAUUCCCAUGGUUAUCUGAAGUUGCUGGUUCCUUUAUCUUUGUAACAGAUUUCCACAAAUAAUUGUGGAGGGGUUGAGGCAUUGGCCAAGAAAACUCCAUUAAAUUUAGCUCUGAUCCAUACUCACCCCCACCCCUGUUUUGUUAACGGAAGUUCAAAACUUCCCUAACUCUUCAUUGAAUGAUAGGGUUUGAAUUCAUCUUUUUUUUUUCUACAAAAUUCAGGCUUUAUCAGCGGAUGGGUGUACAUGAAGGUGAACAAAUCCGUGAUUCAAAUUAACAUUGUUCAGCCUUGGCAGAGGUCUGCCCUUCCGCUGAGUGCUAUUCUAAUUCCUAUUAAAUUCACAGUAUUAAGUGAGCAGCACGAACAGAGUACAGCUCGGUUUUCUUAUUGGCAGGUUGAGUAUUAAUCGUCACUAGAACUUUGUAAAACCUUGUAAGUCUUUCUGUCGAGUGCUUUGGCUGUGAAUUACUAAAUUAACUUCAUCUGCCUGUUGACGUAGUGAAGUGUCAAGUUUAACAUGGGUUCAUUUGGAAAGUGGCCAAAUGACCUAAAAAUUCCGUCUGACUUUAAUCCAUUAUCUGACUUGAGUCUAUGACAAAAAGGAAGCCGAGUUAACAGUGUGAAGGAUUUUUUAUUUUGAUUGUGGAAUGAUUUUGUUAACUGUUCAAGGAAAAUCAAAGCAAUUGCAAAAUAUGUAAAUCAAUCACCAGUCAGCUCAAAUUUUAACUCUGCAAUGGUUGGGGAACCAGUCUAGUGUAGCCCACCCAUGUCCGAAGUAAAGUAGUUUAGGUUCCCUAAUUGUAUCUCUUCAUGCUACUAUAUCAAAUAUGUUGAACCUUCCUUUUCCUAAAUUAGUCCUGUUUGUUGUUCCAUGUUCCAAUUUUUUUUAUUGUCCGUUAAAUCGGGAUGGACGUUUGACAAAAUGUCCUUGUUCAGCCACAGGAAAAUAAAUUGGUUCAUGGCUUUAUUUUUUUUUUUUUUUUAAAAGGACAUUUAAAAUUGACAGAACAGAAAAUGCACAAAAAUGAAUUGAAUUAUGAUCGUUACUGGUUUGGCCCAUAACAUGUCAGAAAAUAUGAAAAAUGUUUAAUUGUUUUUCAAAGUAAAAUAUGUUUGCAAAUAUCUUUUGCUCAAACACAUACAACCAGUCUGCUUUAUUAUAAUACAGUAAAUAUAACUAUUUACUGUUUUAAUAUAAGAAAUAUAUAAUAAUCGCUUAGUUGUCAAUUAACCAUUGCACCUCUUUGAGCCCAUUCAACAAUCACCACUCUCCAAGAGUUUUUUUUGCAAGAAAAAAUAUCUAGUGAUUAAAUGAUGCAUCAUGAGAUUUUCAUUACAUGCUAAACUAUCAUUUGUCUUGGUAGUCUUCACGACGGAUUGUUGUUAUCCACAUCGGUUAGUUUGUACCAGACCUUAGUAAAAAUGAGCCUCACCAAUUAUGUCAAAGUGGUAAAAAGAAGUGCUCUGCGUUUGUCCCUUUUUUAUUGUACUUUUUUGCCAUCUUGCACCAAUUUUCUCAAUGUAAUUUUUAGAUAUAGGAGCCUGUCUUUCUUCUGUCAGUACUUAUCUAAUGCUUAUUAUUUACAUUUUUCCUUUAGUGACAUAGCCUUUUCAUUUCUAGUCACCGUUUGUGAUUUUAAGAGUUCACUCAACGACCAUUUCAUUUCAUGUCCCCUCCUCAGUUCGCACGACCCAUGCCUGACAAUCAUUACCUUGCUCAUCCACAUUACACAGCUGUGGAUUAGAUUGAAGAUGACUGCAACAGCCGACCUGAUGUACAGAGAUUUGUCUCCCACACACCAUGCCGCCAUUGGGUGGCACGAGGAACAAUAUUUACACAGGUCAAUAUCAUGUUGGACCUUUAGAUAUUAAAGGAGAUGACUGAACUGAAAACACGUAAUUGCUUUCACAGUGAGUUUGCAAUGAUGCACAUCCUCCUGUCUAAAAUUGUGACUGCUUUCCAUUACCUCAUCUCUAUUACUGUAUAUUAUGUCCGAUUAUGACAUUCAAAGCACAUUUUUAAAAUCAAUUCAAAACUGAUUUUCUUGGCCAAUUUGCAAUGUGUGGUUUGGGCACUGCAUGCAGCAGGUGCUUAGCAAUUGAUAUGAAUCCACAAACUAAAGUAUUUUAAAUAAUUAUAGAAAAUUACACACUUUCUUGCAAAAUGAGGGGUGGCAAAAUGCCACUGGGAAUUGUUAAUAGCAGUUUGUGUAAUUUUAUUAUAACACUAUUCUUUUGAAACAAUUGUAAUUUUAUUUUCUGUAGCAUGUGAUGUAUUAAUAUACUA